AUGGCUUCAAACUGGAUGUCGUCCAACUUGAACGUGCUCGGAAAGCAGAAGAUCGAACAUAUCAUGUUUCCAGGCUCCCAUGAUUCUGGCAUGUCUCGUCAUGGCAAACAUACGACAUUCGGCACUCCGUCAGUAACCCUCACGCAAACCAAAACCAUCAAGGAACAAUUGCGACUUGGAAUCAGAUACUUUGACGUUCGUCUUGACAUCAGUCAGGGCAAGUACUUUUGCGGCCACUACACAAAGAUCGAUGGAGUGCCCACUAGUGCUUUGAUCGGCAUGGGGGUGCUCGGCCCGCCGCCUGUGAAGGCCCUCGCGUUGGCCUUGAAGGCUGCAUUUCCAAGAUGGGAAGGUGCCUGUGGCGAGUCCCUCCAAGAAAUCAUCCAGGGCAUCAAUGAAUUCCUCAAGGAGAACAAAGAACUUGUCGUCUUGGACAUCUCUGGCUAUGGCGGGUUUGCCGUGGAUGAGCAAUGCCGGGACUUUACGCAGAUGGAAUGGACCAACUUGUUCAAAGAGCUACAAGGCAUCGAAAAACUUUAUCGACCCAAGGACGCCGAUAGGAACAAGAAGCUGAAAGACCUUCAACUCGAUGAACUGAUUUCUUCGAGCUCCGGUGCCUGUGUUGUGAUCAAUCACUGGCGUGGCGAAAAAUAUGUUGGUGGUUAUGACUUGAAGGGCAUCUUCCCGCGAUCUUCCUGGGGUGAAAACGAACCACCGAUGAUCAAAUGGUCCAAGGAAUUGACAGAUGGUGCGGUCUUUCUUGCGCUCGCAAAGGAGGCGAUAGGCGGUUCUGGGUACAAUAUCAUUAUGCAGUUUUGGAAUGCUUGGCCCGGAUUUAUGAAGACUGCCUCCCUCAAAUCUUUCUUUGACCCUAUGGCGAAAGCUGAUGGCGAAGAGUGGUACAAAGUAUCCAUUAUCGACGGCGCCAAAUCGAGGAACAAAAGCCUACCUCAGUAUCUGAAGGACUUUGCCAAGACUACAGCUGCUUUGAGAGAUAGUGGAACCAAGUUCCCUACGGUGUUUAUGACCGCUCCGGAUGAUUAUCGGGCGAUCGUGAUAGACGCCGUGGAAGACACAAACUUGGCCGAUGGGUGUCUCGCCAUCAACAUGGAGCGGGCAAAAAAGAAGGUUGCACGCCAAGAUGACGAGAUAUCUACUGGUGCUGAUGCAUUGACGUGGGAUACGCCUAUCGAAAGCCGCCCGAGCUCCUCCCAGGCGCUUGAAGCUUUCUACAAAAGGAUUGCUUGUUAA